AUGAGUGGCACAGGACUCGGAUGGCCCGCUUUAGUGCCACCAUACCGCAACCGCCUUGAAGAGUGGUUUAGAACGCCUGAGAAAUUGCAUGCCUCAUUCGACACGAGGGAAGAGCUUGUAUCAUUGCUUAGGGCUUGCGAUAACAUGCUUCUUGAAAGUAGCCUGCAGUUGAUUGCUGAUGCACUUCUUGAAUGGCAUGCAGACAAUGCUCGCACAGUUGCGAGUGGGCGCAGGGAAUCAAGGAGGCGCUUGACAGAGUGCUUGCCCAGUGUCCCGGGAACUGGCCUUAGCUUGCAUGAGCAUUACAAUCAGAUUGCACUUCAGAGUCCACUUGCGUUGCUUCCGGUUCUUCGCAAGCGGAAUGUAAUUGAAGGUGUAGGGCGCGUGCCGUCUACGCAGCAGAUAUCUCAGGAUCCCACAUGGCAGGCGCAGCUCAAAAGUUACACAGCCGAUUUGGUUUCGGCGGCACCGCCGGAGCAGCCAGCCAGCAUGCUCACUGUUGCUAUCGUUCUUGCAUGUGAGAUCUUCGUUUGCACGCCCGGGGAGCCUAGUUACUUGAGAGCAUUGGGCUUUGUCUGCUUAUUGAUGGUUUGGGGAUCGCUUCGGGCUGAUGAUGUUCAGGGGCUCUUGCCGCAGACCAUGCUUCUGGACGAGCGAGGGCUUAGCAUUGAUCUCGCGCGGUCCAAGACUACAGGGCCCGACAAAAGGACCCACACCGUCAAGGUCUUCGUGGAACGGAGUAUCUCUCUGACAGGGCAUGAUUGGCUGAAGGUCGGAUAUGCACUUUGGAAGGAUUUCGAUUUUGAGAGGGAUUAUCUGGUUUUGAAGGCCAAUGAAGGUUUCACGGAACCCCUGGAGAAGUCGGUGCCUUCCUCCACGGUGGCCCUUUACUUCCGCAAAGUUCUCAGUGAGUUGAAAACGCCCAAGCGUGAGGGGCGCACAUGGAAGGCCAAUGAUCAGCGUCCGCUGCUCCCGGGAUACACUUCCAGUCAUUUUACGGGACAUUCUGCGAGGAACUUCCUUAGCUCGGUCGGAGCGGCCAUCGAUGUCGACCCCAGGGAGCUUGAUUAUCUGGGUCGCUGGAAGGUAGGUGGCGAAGGUUCUGCAACCUACAUUCGCACUUCUAGGCAGGUUGUGCAUCGUCUCCAGAGUCACAUUGCUUGUUCCCUUGUCACCGGACAGCCAAAGCACUACAUCGAGGUGGAUUCCAUCAAGGCUUUGACGGACUAUGCAGCUAAGGCGGGGGAGAGCGAAUCUCAGGUUCGUCGCCGUCACACCCUCCUCGAGGGAUCCAAAGGCUUGGGCGGGUCGUGGCCAACUCUGGCAUUGGAAGUGGGUGUUGCGGCACCACCUUCUCCAGUCGAGCAGGUUUCGAUGCCAGGCAGCCGGGGGGAUUACUUCAUCGUUACCUCUCGCACCACAGGCCUGAGGCGUCUGCACAUGUUGGGCUGCUAUGUCAAGCCUGAGAAUUGUUAUGAUGUGAAAUUUGUCAGUCAUGUCGGCGCGGAGGACGUCGAUAACAUUUGCAAAGAUUGCAAAGCAAGAAUGAAGGCUCAGGCCGGAGAGGAGGAAUCAGACCCCUCCAGCAGUGACAGUGGGAGCGAGUCGAUGCGAUUCCAGGCAAUCGCCGAUUCCCGGCCGGAAGCUCGGGCUGCUGGGAAGGCGGACUUUGGUCUUGAUGAUGGGGCUGCUGAUGGGCGACAACAAAUCGCGGGGGUCGUCGCUGCAUGGGAACUUGCACGCGACGUAAUCAGCAAAGAGACGGAAACACGAGCAGAGGCGAAAGUGUUAGGCCAGCCGCGAAUCUUGCAAGUCACAGAGAGGCAAGCAAUGCUCAAGGCGGUAGCGGCCGUUCACGGGCAGCUGGGAGAGUCGGAGACUCCAUCGUCUGAGUACCUCGCUCUCAAGUGCGAGGAGUGCGAAGCCAAUGAGCCUCAGGCUUCAACCUUGGAUGCCAUAACUUCGAAGAAGAACACGCUCACCACGAGCAUCCAGUCCAGCCUUGACGCUUCGGGGCGAAUUCAUAUUACUCAGCACAAAUCCAAGAGCGAGCUCCCGACUACUACAGAAGCUUAUCGCAAGGUCCUUCGCGUGGAAGCUUUCACGUGGCUAUGCAUGGCAUCCCGCUUUAAAUCCAAGCAAUGGCUUCAGGAUCUUAAGCUGUCUGACUUCGACCACUUCGUGAACUACAUCCUUGGCGAAAAGGUCGCUCAGCUCUCAGUGCCUACGUCUCAUCAGCCAGCCGAUGAGACCUACUUCACGACGCCGCUCGCCUUGUCCAUCAUUGAGCGACCACGCAAGUGGCACAAAGGCAAGGGCAAGGGUGAUGUGGGCUCUUACCUUCAGUCAUUGGGCAAUGUCACUAAUCUUCUUCAGUUCGAUCUUCAGCGCUCCACGGAGCAUGACUUGACUAAGGAAGGCUUGUGGCAGCACAUCUUUCAAUUGCUUGGCGAAGGGGAUUGGAUCCUCAUUGUGGAGCAGGCUAAUUAUUUUCUUGAUCAGACCGUGACGGCAUGUCAACUUGCAUGGCAGUAUGUUCUGGAGCACCCGGAGGAUCUCGGCGCAACGCCGGAUCACGAGUUACCGGCUUCCAUCUGGCAGCUACCAGCUCUGCGUGAGCUCCAGGUUUCCACUCAGGCCAUCACUUUUGCUUUCUUUCAAUGCAGCUUUGAGGCUCCCACUUCCAAACCCACACGCCUUCUCACUAAUCUACGGGCCUUUGUCGAGCAGCCUUCGCCUUUUGCUUCCUGGCCACGCUUCGACUCCAGUGAUCGCUACGUGGGGCCGUUGCCGCCACGCUGCCCGCACGGGAAACAUGACAAAGUACUUGCAGGCCGGGAAGGCUCCCGCUGGGCGACCGAGUCAUCAGCAGCCUAUCCUCCUCUGUUGUGUGAGUGGCUUGCGCAUGCUGUGCUUGCUUCCGCUUCGCAGGGGGGACUUGGGUCAGCGCCGCACAGCUCCGUUCCAGGUGAGGCAGGUCCAAUGCAGGAAUCCCACGAGGCGACGCAGGAGGUGCAUCAGGAUUUAUGUGAAGUGCCGCAGGGGCUGCACCAGGUGGUUUCCGAUAGGGUAGAGGCGGUUACUGAUAGGGUAGAGGCGGUUGGCUUGAUCGAGUCGGAAGCACCUCCUUCCACUUUGUUGCCGUCGCCAGACUCUUCGGGGUCCGCGUGCAAAGGCUUCCCGGCUUCCACAGAAGCUUUGGCAUCCUUCGUGCGUAGCAACAUGCCCGGGCACCCCUUUACCACGAUUAGCCUUUACCUUAACACUGGCACCAAGCCCCACAAAGACUCCAGGAACGCACCUUUGCCCAAUGGGAUAAUAGGGGUUACUGACUUCGUAGGAGGAGAGAUCUGGGUCGAGGCCCAGGAUGGGGAGUCUGUUCAGAUUGUUGACGGUAAGCGCUUAAGUGGGCACCUUCUUCCGAUCAGUGAGACACCCACCUACAUACAUGCCUACCGCGAUCUUCACCUCACAAUGCCCUGGAAAGGUAAGAGAUUAGUCAUCAUAGCUUUCAGUGUAUCGGAGCAUACUCAGGCAUGCGAUGAGGAUCUCGCGUUUCUUCGCGGGCAUGGUUUCGUCCUUCCGGGCGAAGAGCACAGUGUUGAUCUUGAGGCGGUCCAGUCAGAUGAUUCGGAGGUGCUGGAGGGGGGUGAGGUCGAAAGGCCGGAGCCCUUCAAGCAUCAGGAGUGCCACAACAUCGGGCUGCCUUUGAACCUCGAGUGGGAUGGCAAAACUCAGCCGAUCACGGAUGGCUUUGGACUCUGCUCACCCACUAGAUGGCCUCCGGAAGCCAGGGGGGGCCUGCUGCCCAAGCAGGCUUUGGAGUUCGCCACUGCCAUGCAUCAAGUGCUUCGAGACUUUGUAGCGGACGUUGUGCCUGAUAUCAAGCGCACGGCGAUGGAGCUUGCGCUAGGCCGCCUUAAGGAAUCGCCUUUCACUCCCGAGAUGUUAGGGGUCCUUAGGAAGGAUUGGUUUAGUUGCAUAGAGGUUGCUUCGGGAGGCAAGUGUACGGAUCUUGAUGUGGUGCCGAGUGGCCAGCCAUUCUUCUUGCAUGCUGUGUCUGCGACGGCUCGGCUGUUGCAGGACCCAGAUUGGAAAGCCGUUUCUUGCCAGGAGGACUCCUAUGUCAGCGGGGUCGCGAUCGGUUAUGACUGCCCCGUCGCCGCAGCAAGAUCGGUCAAAAGAGAAGGCGUGGCCUUCCGCACUGAUGCAAAGUGCGCGGACGGGUACGUGGUCCUUGGGGGUUGGGAUUGCGCAGGCACAACUCAGGAGUCCAGAUGGUUCUCACUUCGACUUACUCCCUCAGAGGCCCCUUACCUCUUCGACUCAGAAGGUCACAGUCAGUGGGCUUCGGCAUCGGCUGAAUUGCUGGCCACGCUGGCUGCACUGCACAUCUUCGGUCACCUUGAAGCCGGGCCAACUAGGCGUUUGAUGAAGGUUGAGGUUCUAGCUCAGACGGAUAAUAAGUCUAACGAGGGCUUGACUCGCAAGGGUUCUACAACGCGCUGGCCCUUGCUCAUGGUUAACAUGCAGCUCACCCAUGUUCUCAUGAAGGCCGGCUUGCGGUUGAACUUGGGAUGGCGUCCACGGGACGAAAAUCAGGAGGCCGAUGAUUUAACCAACGAAAUCUUCGACCGUUUCUCUGAGGAGUUGCGGGUCCCAGUGCAGUACUCCGAAUUGCCGCUUUCCUUUCUUCGCACUCUUUACGAAGCCAGGCGUUCACAGCUGAGCAGCCGUGAAGUGGAUUCCAUCCGCGACACGGUCGGUGGCAGGCCACGCUUCAGAGGCAAGAGAAAGAGAGAGAAGUCUCCUUGGUGA